AUGCCUUACUCGGCUAUUCCCUCGGGUCCAGGGAUGAGCAAUCCUCCAAUCCUCCAUUUAGUUAAGAAUUUCAAGGCAAGCAAUCUUCAGGCUACAGGACCCCUAACGUUCCAACUUUUCCCUUGUGACGGCUACUCAACCGACGCGUCUACUACCGCCACCGACUUCGACGCUGCCGCAACUGCUAAUGUGCUCCUCAAAAUGACGACGAAGAGCGGUGAUAAUGAUAAUGGGGACGAUUAUAUUGAUGACAGUAGGGGUGAUGAUGGGGAAAGGUCGAAGUAA